AUGAGGAGCCUGAACAACCGGGCCGAGAGCCACCUCAGCGGACAGGUGGAGUGCGAGUUGGAACGCGUGGGGCCCGGGGGCUGGGUGAACCAGGGCUACUGCGGCACGCCCCCGCCCCUGCCCAGGGCGGUGAGCACCAUCUACGACCCCCAGCCCCUCUACCCCAGCCUGGGUCCGCUGGAGGGCGCGAGGGGCAUGCCGGAGCCGGGACCCCUGAACUCGUUCAAGACCCAGCCAGAGGCCCCCAAGAAGCGGAGGGGCUGUUGCUCCUUCGUCAAAGGGCUGUGGGGCACAACUCUGACCGAAGACAACUCCGACAACAGAGAGCAGUUCAUGCGGACCACUCUGAGGGAGUUACUGGUUUAUCUGGUGUUCCUGGUAGAUAUAUGCCUUCUGACGUAUGGAAUGACCAGCUCAAGCACCUACUAUUACACCAAAGCCAUGACGGAUCUGUUUGUGAGCACAAGCGGCGACGGCGGUGUGGCCUUUCAGUCUAUUGACAGCAUGAGCGACUUUUGGAUCUAUGCUAAGGGCCCCUUGUUGGAUGGCCUCUACUGGACCAAGUGGUACAACAACCAGCCGCUGGCCAGCGGGGAGAGGUCCUUCAUCUACUACGAGAACAUGCUGCUGGGGGUGCCGCGAAUGCGCCAGAUCAAGAUCAAGGACAACUCCUGCAAGGUCCACAGCGACUUCCAAGACGAAAUCAAGGGCUGCUUCGACGUCUACAACGAGGUCAAAGAGGACGACCAGGGCUCUCGAGACAUCAACGGCACCGCCUGGACGUACCACACAGAGAAGGAGAUCAACGGCUCUGCCCACUGGGGGUUGCUCACCUCGUACAGCGGGGCAGGCUUCUACCAGGACCUGAACACCACCAAGGCGGAGAGCGCCGCCGUGGUGGGCGAGCUGAAGGAGAACCUUUGGUUGGACCGAGGCACCAGAGCGGUCUUCGUUGACUUCUCCACUUACAACGCCAACAUCAACAUGUUCUGCGUCAUCAGGUUGCUGGUUGAAUUCCCAGCUUCUGGUGGCGCUAUUCCUUCCUACCAGAUAAGGACAGUGAAACUGAUCCGCUAUAUCACCUACUGGGAUUACUUCAUACUGGGCUGCGAGUGUGUCUUCUGCUUGUUCAUCCUCUAUUAUAUUGUAGAGGAGAUUCUUGAGUUGCGAAUACACAAGUGCUCUUACUUCAAAAGUGUCUGGAACAUAUUGGACGUCGUUAUAAUAAUGCUUGCCAUCGUUGCGGUGGUGUUCAACGUUUUCCGCACCAUCAAAGUAGACAAGCUGCUGGGCAAACUUUUGCAACAACCAGACAUCUAUGCCGACUUUGAGUUCCUGGCAUUCUGGCAAACACAAUACAAUAAUAUGAAUGCAGUCAACCUGUUCUUCGCUUGGAUAAAGAUUUUCAAAUACAUCAGUUUCAACAAGACGAUGACUCAACUGUCCUCGACGCUGGGUCGAUGUGCGAAGGACAUCCUUGGAUUUGCGGUCAUGUUCUUUAUCGUGUUCUUCGCUUAUGCUCAGCUUGGUUACCUUCUCUUUGGGACGGAGGUGGAUUCUUUCAGCACCUUCGUCAAGUGCAUGUUCACACAGCUCAGGAUAAUCCUCGGCGACUUUGACUACAACGCGAUAGAGCGGGCCAACAGGGUGCUUGGUCCCAUCUACUUCUUCACCUAUGUGUUCUUUGUCUUCUUUGUCCUGCUGAAUAUGUUUCUGGCCAUCAUAAAUGACACGUAUUCUGAGGUGAAGGAGGAGCUCUCAUUGCAGAAAGAUGACCUUCAGAUUACGGACCUCAUCAAGCAGAGCUAUAUGAAGACAUUCAUGAAGCUGAAGCUCAAAAAGGAGAAAAUAUCAGAUGUCCACAAAGCACUACGAUCAAAAUCUGGGGAGAUUGAGUUCAAGGAUUUCAGAGAAACCCUGAAGGAGAUGGGACAUGCCGACCAUGAAAUCUCUGCAGCCUUCUCUCGGUUCGACUACGAUGGUAACCAAGUUCUGGACCGAGAAGAGCAAGAGAGGAUGAAGGCCGAAUUGGAGGAGAAGAGGGAGGCUCUCAGUGCUGAACUCAACCAGCUCGGGAUGGAUUACGAUAAAGGUUCAGAGGAGGAGACGUCCCUUAACACAGCGCAGAAGGAAACAUCCAAUCAAACCACAGUGGAGCAUAGGGAGAUUCAGAGGUUGUCCAGACAGGUUGUUCAACUGGAAAGCUCUAUUGCAGCCAUUGUGUCGCAAAUUGACAUGAUUAUGAAGAAGCUGGGAUUUAAGUAAACGGCCAGAACAAUGAAUUUUACUCAGAUGCCAAUUUCUCAGCUCAAACAGAUAGUUGGAUUAAACAGAGAAACCUUACUGGAAGCAGUCCCUUCAGUUCAUUAUGUUUAAUAAUAUGCUCCUCAUAUGUAACCCAAGUAGAACUUACUGUAUAUGAUUCUCAAAUUUGACCUCCCUGUAGGAACAUGAUGUUCUGACUUUUUAGAAGUAUGACAGUAACAGUUCUUUGCAACAUUUCAAUGGUGUUUACCAUUUUGCAUUCACUUCAGCUUGUAUCUUGGAGCAGGAACACAAUUGAACAGUAGUCCAAUCAAUACUAAAAGGAAAUCGAGUGCAUUAUUUUAAGAACCAUAUUCAAUAGCAUAAAUCAAUAUUCUUCUAUAAAAUACUUAAAUAGCCUUCCACAAAUUACAAGCAAGCAUUAUGUGCAUGUAGGCAUUUUAGGUUAUAGGUUAUAUAUUAAUGCAGUGAGGUAGAUUUAAAACAAUAUUAUUAUGUGGUUAGCUUGGAUUGCUUUUGCUGUCUUUACAAUAUUCAAUAUGUUUGAUUAUUAUCUUGCUAUUUCCACACUAGUACAAAGAUUAAAUAACUGUAUGCUAGGGAAGCUUUAGCUCAAAUUGAUAUCUUACAAAUUAAUGUAAUCAAUGUUAAUGCUACAUUCGCCUUUGUCAAUUCACUGUGGCACAGCUAUCUCUGAGUAUAUUAUACAUACUUGCUAAAAACACAUGAAUCAAUGUACAAGAUUUAUAAAUGCUUACGAUUGUGUUUAUUAUUCUGUGUAUGUAGUGCAUGGUUAACUGUUUAUAUUUGGAUGUGGAUAAGUUAGCCAAAAUACUAGACUAUUUAUGCAAUGUCUAUUUGUAAUGAGAUAGUCUUGCAUUAACUUGAAAACUUUGUCCAAAAUCUAAAUUCAUACGAUUUUGUACUACUUGAAUUUGAACAUACAGGUACGUAUAUUUUUUGCCUGAGGCAAAUCAGCACAAUAUUCAUAAUACAAUAGCUUGAAUGUUUACCCUCUAAAAAUUGCACAUUUGUAUGAAUUAUUACACGAAAAUCUUUCGACUGUAUAUGUAUUGUAUAUAAAUGUGUUAUUUUCCCAAUAAGAGAACAGACACAUUCUAAAGUGAAUUAAUAGAUUGAUGGUGGUAUUUUACAUUCAUAUGUGA